ACAAAACAAACGGCCCAAGACACCAGCAUCGAUCGAGGGGUCUCAAAAAAAAAAAGACACCAGCAUCGGAUUAAAUCUAUCGCUUCAUCGAGCAGCAGAGCAGCGGCAACAGCUCAUCCAUGGCCAUGGAGAGGUUCUUGACGGCACUUGUCUUCUGCGAGGCGCCGCUGGACGGAUACGGCACAUCGGUGACGGCCACACGUACGAUCACCAAGCUUGUCUCCGGCGGCAGCGCGGCUAAGCCGGCGACGGCUAACAAGGCGGACGCUGAGAAGGAGCAGGGAUUUUUCUCCGGCAAGCCGACGGCGCCGCAGCGGCGUGCUGUGUUCGAUCUGGCGUUCGACGGCAUUAACUGCUUCGACACCGUCGUCAUGCACUGAGCUCGCUCUUUCUUGAUUAUGAGCUGUAUAGGGGACUUUUAUCAACUAGCUAGAGAUUCGUGUGAUGAUUUUGUUCAUUCGAUUGUUCUAUUUAACUAGUUCAGAUGAUUUAAUAGAAAUGAAAGGAAUUUUUAGUGGAUGAACAUCUAUUUAUCAAUUUAUAGUUUCCUACUCGUACUGAAAUUCUGUCUGUCCGCAACGCAAUUAAAAAGACGGGGUUCGUAACAA